AUGUUUCUUCCUCCAUUUCCCAGAGGGCUGUGCGGCAAGCGUCACCAUGUUGUCGCGGAAGUGCCGGUGUACGCUGUGCAGGGUGGUCAUAGUCUGUCAGCUGCAUUCAUCCUUCAGAUUUUCCUCUCUGGGUUUGUGUUUGUAGCGAACAAAACAAAAACAAACGUGAGUCAUGGCGGCUCUGAAAUACGCAGGCAUGGACGACACAGACAGUGAUGAUGAGUUACCUCCCGGGUGGGAAGAGAGGUCCACGAAAGAUGGUUGGGUCUACUAUGCAAACCAUGAUGAGAUGAAGACACAGUGGGAACACCCAAAGACAGGAAAGAAAAAACGUUGUGCUGGAGAUUUACCGUACGGUUGGGAGCAAGAAACUGAUGAAAAAGGGCAGAUCAUUUAUGUUGAUCACAUUAACAAGCGGACCACAUACUUUGACCCGCGGCAGGCAUUCACAGUAGAGGAUGUGAUAGUGAAGCCAAAACGUUAUGAUGGAAAUACCGCUGCUCUUGAGAUCCUGCAGGGUCGUGACCUCUCUGAUAAGGUUAUCCUCAUUACCGGAGGCAACGCUGGUAUUGGCUUUGAGACAGCCAGGUCUUUUGCUCUGCAUGGUGCCCAUGUGAUCCUGGCGUGUCGAAACCUUUCCCGGGCCAGCAAGGCAGUUAGCUCCAUACAACAGGAGUGGCACAAAGCAAGAGUAGAAGCCAUGAUGUGUGACCUGGCCUCUCUCCGCAGCGUCAGGGAGUUUGCAGAUUCUUUCAAGGCCAAGAAACUGCCCCUGCACAUUCUGGUGUGUAAUGCAGGAGUGUGCACUCAGCCCUGGAGCUUGACAGAGGAUGGCCUGGAGUCCACCUUCCAGAUCUGCCAUCUAGGCCACUUCCUGCUUGUCCAGUGCCUACAGGAUGUGCUGCGUCGCUCUGCCCCCGCCCGCGUUGUGGUGGUAUCUUCAGAGUCCCACAGGUUCACAGACCUGUUAGACUCAUGUGGCAAAGUGGACCUGGCCCUGCUGUCUCCAGUGAAGAAGGAGUACUGGUCCAUGCUGGCUUACAAUCGGGCCAAACUCUGUAACAUCCUCUUCAGCAACGAGCUCCACCGCCGCCUCUCACCUCACGGUGUCACCUCCAACGUAUUGCAUCCUGGGAACAUGAUGUACACCUCCCUUCACCAUAGCUGGUGGCUGAUGACCUUUCUCUUCACACUGGCCAGACCUUUCACCAAGUCUAUGCAACAAGGGGCGGCCACCACCGUGUACUGUGCCAUAGCUCCGGAGCUGGAGGGGUUAGGCGGCAUGUACUUCAACAACUGCUUCCGCUGCCUGCCGUCCAUCCAGGCCCAGGACCAGAGCAGCGCUGCCAGCCUGUGGGAGCUGAGCGAGCGCCUGGUUACAGAAAGGUCUGCAGGCAUACAGGCCCUCUGAUGGGCAGAGGAGGAAGAGGAGGGGGACUAGCCAAACAAAUCAAAGAGAAGUGGUGAUGUCCAGUUAGGUUGAACUGAAUAAAAGGUAACUGUACUCUGACUGUACUAUACAAGAGAGCUGCCAAACCAUGGAAGUCCAUCUGGAUAUGUCAUGUCACUACAAGGGGUAAAACACACGAGAUAUACAGUACAGUACAGGAGGGGGGGUCAUAUACACUCUACUGAAUAAAAUAAAGUCGGAGUUGUGUUCAGCUCUGCUGUGGUAGUUUACAAUGGGAGGUUGAGGAUGGGAGAAGAUUUGGGACAAAUUCAGGAAUUAUUAAAGUUUGUUCUUUCUCUUUUUAACUCUCUCAAGUCUUCUCCAUUUCACGACUGUCUGUUUAAAAGAGCAAAGUUCAAAGAAGCUAAUGACCUGUCUUGCUAACAAUACAGGGUUACCUAAUAAGCAUACACUCUGUGGCAUAUGCAUCUGUUUCCAGCAAUAGUGCACUAUAUGGCAAAUAUUGUGUCUUCCCAGUUAAUGUCUGUAUAUUCUGUAACGUCUUGUCUAGUUCUACGUAGAUGUUGAUGUUUCCUAUUGAGAUAAGUUGCGCGUUGGUUAAUCUUUGUGCUAAAUCUUGUUGGGCAUUGAAGAAAUAAGGAGUAAUGGGCAUGUGACACUCAUGGAUAUAUAAACACACUAGAGAGGUAUGAUUCUUAUGACUAUAUACAUUAUUCUGCAAUAAUUUUAUUUCUUAUCAAUGUCCCUAUUCGUUUUCUGUACAUAUAUUUACAAUAUCCUGAUUUCUGGGCAUGUGCUAAAGGGGUGUGGACAUCAUAUGUUUUCCUGUCUGCUAUUUAACUCAACCUACAUAUUAAUAAUCUAAACUCUUGUAAGUCUAAAUUACAAUUUGGAGGUAUUUCUGGGAUGAUCUUUGUCCAUUUGAAUAGCAAAUACAGAUGGUGGAGAAUAUUAUUUCCAGGAGUCCAGGAUCUUUAAUUUCUGUGUUUCUUUCCUUGUUGUUGGAGCAGAAGAAUGUGAGUGGUUUCAGUCUCCUGUAAUUAUUUUAUCAUCAUUGUUUUAAUAUUGAACUCUUGGCUUUGGGUUUGCUGUGGAUUGGUUGCCCUGAAGCCGCUGUUGGGACGCUUUUGAGACAUUGUGCUUUAUGGCAGUCUGGGUGCCGUUGGUUGCUCUUGAAACAUCAGCAUUCCAGUGUCAUGAUAUCUGUAACAAAAAAAGAAAGGAUAGAAAACAUUUAAUAAAAGUCUGUUUUACAGUAAUGUGUGUGUGUGUGUGUGUGUGUGUGUGUGUGUAUGUGUGUGUGUGUGAAAUCCUUUUAAACACAGAAAGUGGAAGUCCAUUCAUUUGGAGGCCAUUAGGGGGAGAUAUUUGUGUAGGGAGCUGAGAAGUGAGCAACACUGAAGUCCGACUAAGUAGAGGAGAAGAAAAUGUGUUCAAUGUGUACGAUACUCUAUUUGGCCCGCACAUAAACAUGUACACCACAGUUCAUGACUGCUUUUUCUAUCUCCUCUUGAGUCCCUCCUAAGCAAACAUACUCCGAACACACACACUCAUGCAUGCCGUUCCUCCACACAGACAUGGCCUGUGCAGAAACUGAUACAGAUGUCCUGCCCUGUUAUAAUCUGUACUGCAGCCAGAAUACAGGUGUCUUAUCACUGUCCUUUCACAGCACAGAACAUACCGAGAACAGAGAUACAGCACACACACACACACACACACACACACACACCGUCUGCAAGAGCAUGUCUCAUGUGUGAGAAGUGAGAAAACAAAUAGAGAAUGUUUAUUAAAACUGUCCACAGUGUGUCUCUGGCUCUAAAUCGUGCCGCAUGACGAUGUGAUCCCUGAACACAAUUACUGUUCACACUGAGUGAUUUCGCGAUAUAUGUACAAAAUAGGACUUAACAGUAACGUUAGCUACAACGUGGCUACAAUGUUAAAAAUAAUAAUGAUUACGAAGGAUUUCCCAGCCGCUGUCCAUGGUGCUGAUCACAAUCUGGCUCAUUUGUGGUUUGGUGAACUAUCCGUGGAAUCAUUUGGCACAUGUGAGAAUUUGCCUGCUUGUUAACCAAUUAUACAGCAUAUUUACUCCAUGUGUGUUCAGUCCGCAGACUGCUGAGCCUUGACAUGAGAGACAAACGCUGUUCCCUUCCCAGGUGUCUGCCUCAUUCAGUUUUGAGCAGAUACAUAUCCCAGUCAGUCAACGUGUCAGCUGUUUAGUUUCCCUCGGUCUGUUGUUAGACCCCAGUGACAUAUUUAGUUAGUCGGCCCUGUUGUUUGUAGUUUCUAGUGGUAGACUUCUUGUUCUACCAUUGGAAAGACAAUUCUCUCAAUUUGGGUCUGACUCCUGCAUUGUGUCACACUCCACUGCUAUUGAAAUAUAAUUUUAUUCAAAGGGAUUCUUGAAGAAAUAACUUUUUAAGAUGGUUAUUUUAUUGCAGAGACACACAGCCUGCUUCAGUGAUGAUCCUAAAGAGAGUAAUUCCACACUUUUAUUUCCAGCUUAUGUAAUGUUUGCCCUCUCUUCUCAGCCUCCCUGCUAAAGGAGGAAGUCUCACACUGGGAAUAAAAUAACCAUGAGAAUAAUGUCAACUGUUUGUGACUGUUUGUGAGUGUACCAGGAAACAAACUAAUGAUAAAGGCUGUGUGCUGCAAACACAUCAAUUUGACUAAUGAAGCUUUCUUUUCAGUACAUCUGCAAGUUUUUUGUUCAAAAUUCCACAUGUAUUUUUAGUCGCUCAUGUCCAAAUAACAUUUCAAAACUACACUUCAGCAGCCAAUGUACGUAUACCCGUGUAAAUUUGUGAGCGUAAGACAUCCUCAUGCUCAGCCAAGAUU